UCUUUGUAAACAGUGUGUGCGCAUGCGCAGUCGCGCCGCACUCUAAUGGAGGACAUGUCUGAUCGGUAAUCGUCUUUUUCUGCGCCGUUUUUCUGAGUUGCGCCCUCAACACCCCUCAGCUGAGCCCGCGACCCCCUCCAAGUGACAGAAUGGCUUCGGACUCGGUCUCUCAAAGCUCCCAGAGUCCUGCCACCAGGAUCAUGACCUUUCAUCCCACAAGAGAGGAGUUCAAAGACUUCAACAGAUACAUUGUGUAUAUGGAGUCGCAGGGGGCUCACAGAGCCGGGAUGGCUAAGGUGGUGCCACCAAAGGACUGGAAGCCCCGGCGCACAUAUGAUGACAUUGAUGAUCUGGUGAUUCCCGCACCGAUUCAACAGGUGGUCACUGGCCAAUCAGGUCUCUUCACUCAGUACAACAUCCAGAAGAAGCCGAUGACCGUCCGCGAGUUCCGCAAAACUGCCAACACAGACAAGUGAGCAGCAAACGCUGAGAUGU